AUGGACAUGGACCACGGUCAUCACGGCCACGGGGAUAUGGAUAUGGGAGAAGGGCAGUGUAAUAUGAAUAUGCUAUUUACCUGGUCCACGAAGAACCUCUGCAUUGUCUUCUCGCGAUGGCGAGUGACGGGUCCUAUCUCGCUCCUUGGUUCCCUGGUUGUUAUUGUGCUUCUGGCCGCGGGGUACGAGGGAAUUAGACAAAUUACUCGGCAGUACGAGGUGGCACAUGCGCGACGACUAAGUGCGUUUUCUGCGGCUACAGUUGGAAGCAAUGAUAUCGCCGACGAAGCCGUCUCGGGCACUGAACCUGAACCUGAACUUGAACCUGAACACCACGCGUAUUUCCGCAACGUGAGCUCACGGCUACUUGUAGGUAGUGAUAACAGGAGGGCUCUCGAGCGGAGGGGAAAGAUCACCAUGGCUGCACUCUAUGGGGUGCAGGUGUUCUAUAGCUUUUUCAUCAUGCUCUUAUUCAUGACUUAUAAUGGUUUCAUUAUGCUUGCCGUUGCCGUUGGCGCGUUUGUUGGAUAUCUGGCGUUUGGAGAGAACAUGUCUGCGUCGAAGACGGUUGCUUGUCAUUGA